AUGAAGCCAAUGCGGUCUCUUCGCUUGGAGAAGAUAGGCUUGUCUGCUGACGAAACUAAUCACUUGGCAGCUACCUGCUGUAAGGAGGUGUUGCUCGAAAAUGAAAAAAAGGAAAUUGUAAAUGCAAUUGAGCAUGAAAUAGUAGCACCUGUUUUUACCAAGCUUGACCGACCUGCGAAGACCAUUAGCCAUAAAAGCUUCAGUAACAUGUAA